AUGCGUUCGCUGCAGAGCUGACUAUCACUCUCCCUUUUCUGGGUUACUGUAGUUUUGGGUUAAACAGACCACCUCCGUCUCCGUGUAACACUCCGAAUACCGUUUCUACUGCCCGGGCGUCUUCGAGCAUCACCAAGAACCGCAGCCACGAUGACGGAGGCGGAGGCGUUGGAGAAGAAGCAGCACAAGUCCAGCAGCAGCAGCAGCAACGGUGAUGUUCUUCCAGAAGCCACCACCAGAGAAGACGCGUUUGAUCACACGUACAAAGAGAAAGAGGGCCCCAAACCUGCCCGGAUCAUCGUAUGGAAAAACGUCAUACUAAUGACUCUGUUGCAUAUAGGAGCCCUGUACGGCUUCUUCAUCGUCCCCUCAGCAGCUCCUUUGACCUUGCUUUGGUCUGUACUUUGCUUUUUGAUAAGUGCUUUAGGAGUAACAGCAGGAGCUCAUCGCCUGUGGAGCCACAGAUCGUACAAGGCCAAAUUACCUCUAAGGAUCUUUCUCGGUGUCGCUAACUCCAUGGCGUUUCAGAAUGAUAUCUUUGAAUGGGCGCGAGACCACAGGGUUCAUCACAAGUAUUCAGAGACGGACGCUGACCCUCACAACGCCGUGCGGGGCUUCUUCUUCUCCCACAUCGGCUGGCUGUUGGUGCGCAAACACCCUGACGUCAUUGAGAAAGGACGCAAGCUGGAGCUCAACGACCUGCUGGCUGACAAAGUCGUAAUGGUUCAGCGGAAGUAUUACAAGCUGUCCGUGCUGCUCAUGUGCUUCUUCAUCCCAAUGUUCGUGCCUUGGUAUCUGUGGGGAGAGUCUCUGUGGGUGGCCUACUUCGUCCCGGCCCUGCUGAGGUACACCUUGGUGCUGAACGCCACGUGGCUGGUGAACAGCGCCGCUCACAUGUGGGGAAACAGGCCCUAUGACAAGAACAUCAACCCCAGGGAGAACAAGUUCGUCACUUUCAGCGCUAUAGGUGAAGGAUUCCACAACUAUCACCACACGUUCCCAUAUGACUAUGCAACCAGCGAGUUUGGCUGCAAGUUGAACCUUACGACUUGUUUCAUCGACUUCAUGUGCUUCUUGGGCCUGGCCAAGGACCGCAAGAGAGUGUCCCACGAGCUGGUCACGGCCCGGAUGCAGCGCACCGGAGACGGGAGCCACCGCAGUGGCUAAGGUCCGCCGAACUGUGGUCAGCUUCGAGGCGGAACAACCGAUAGGAAGAAGCUUCACAGUCCUUUGACGGCUACACAUUUAUCAUCUUCUGAGGAUAAACGUCAGCUUCAUGAGGGCCUUGACCACAUUUUGCUUGUUUUUGUGGUUUUUGUAGCUGUACCUAAACAAAUUGUUCAAGAUGGGGAAAAAAAAAACUUAACCAAAAAAAAUUUAACCAAACAUGCUUUGCAAAGCUCUUCGCCUCGAUUCCCGUUGUUCAGUCGGGCCGAGGGUUUGCAAAGAUGUUUUCAGAUUUGAAGUAGAUACGUUUUCAGAGUCGACUUCAUUCUCCGCUGUUUCGCCACUUUGGUGUGCAUCCUUCAUGCAAGGUCAGUCAUGUAGCCGAUCAUUUUUAUGUAAGUAUUACUCAAUUAUUACUCGAAACCGACACGAGGCGGAGCACUGGAAUAUGACGAAGUUUUAACUGACUGAAGGUUGGAGACUGUUGCCUUUAUUGCAUUUUACAGCAGGUUUUUAACAGUUCUCAUAUUUAAAUUAACUUUUUGAGUGCUUCAGAUUAGGGGAGGGGGGAAGAAGAAAAAAAAACAAACGGGAUUUGAAAUUUUGUUUAGAAAAGAAAAAAAAAAAGCUUGUUAAAGAAAUAUAGCACAUGAUGGAAGAAUAAGGGAACCCAGACCUUCUUCUGACUCUGACAACCCAGAACUAUAUUUAACCUGCAGCGUGUUUCGGUGUGUAACGUGGUGGUCGUCGUCUUCUGCAGGAAACCGCACCAAAUAUGUGGAAGAGUCGAGGCGCUCGGAGGAAGAUUAGCAUGUACUAUAUUUAGCCUGGUGCAGCAAUUGGCUGGAGUUUUUCUCAUGACGACAUACGGGACGUGUUCGGGUCAAAACUGCCGUCGCUCAACGAUUUCACUGAGAAAACUUGAAGCGUUUAAUCGAGCUGUUUUUAAUGAGUAUAUCAUAGUGCCAAGAGCAUCGUGGUGGUGGUGCCGCCGUCUCCGUGGUCCACCGGAGCGCCGACUGCUUCUUCACUUUACAUGAUUGUGGAAGUUUUUUAACGUCGUGGCAUCAGUGGCUUUUUUCGCUUCCUGGCUUCUUAUCCGCCAUGUCCCUUCUUGUUUUUUUGUUUGUUUUUGUCUUGAAAACAUCUGCAGCAGAGAUCUCAUUGGUCAGUGCAGCAGCCGGUCGUGUGGCGGUUCUGGUGUUGCAGAACAACAUGCAUGGCGGUGUACUGUGGUGAGGUGUUGUGUCGGUGACCGUGAUGGCAGAACUGUUUUCGUAACGUGCUGUGGAGCUGCGUCGCUUUUUUUCGGAUCAUCAGAACUGUUGCCGUGGUGAUUUCCGAGACGGGGUCUGGUUUCCCUUUGAUGUCCUGCAGAGGUGGUCGUCAUGGCGAAAUUUUUCGGUGCAUCAAUGUUCAUGUUUAUCUUGGAUUCUGGUUGUGUGGAAUGCUUCUCUUAUUUAUGUAUUUAUUUCAGGAUUUUUCUUAUUGACUUUAAAAAAAAAACAGAAAAACAUUUGCUCUAAAGUGAACCAGAUGUUUCUGCAUUCCAAGAUUUGGCAGACGGUAAAAUCUAUGUACAAAAAAAAAUCUAUCUAAACCAAACCGGAGCACCUGUUUGUUUAUUCCCAAGAGUCAGGAUACAACCUAAUGCCUUAUGACUUGCAUCCAUUCCUUCGCAUCCUGUCAGCUAAGACUAAAAGGUUCACAAAUACUAAAUCUGAGUUGAGUGUUUACAGAAUAAAGCGCCGGCCGGGCGGAGCAUCGUUUUUAUUCUGGAACCACGUUUUAAUUUAGGCAAACGGUAGCAUGACAACACGAGGUACUGUAAAUGCAAAUAGAGGACAGAGUGUCAUCCUGAAAGAAUCAGAUACAAACCCAGCAGCCGCUGCAAGCGUUCGACAUUUAACUUGCAAAACGUGGGAUCGUCUCGGUCCGUCGCGGUGAAGAAAGGUGCUGUCACGAGGAGCGUUAGAACAUUAUCGGAGCACCUAGCGACAAUAUCACAAGCCAUGCAAACAACUCCUGCUGUCCAGAGCGCCAAAAUCUGCAUUUUCCUAACGAGGAGGAGGAGGAGGAGGAUCCAAAAGGUUUUCAGUCUGACCAUGUCAAAUCUCAACUGUAUUCUAUUCUGAAAUAAAAAUUCACAAUAUUUUCAAUACACUCGUAAUUCCAUGAA